GGUCAAACUCGGCCCGCUCCCGGUGCAGUCCCUGUGUUUGACCGCUAGGUGUCCGCCCCCCGGGGAGUCACCCGCGCGGCGAACGGGUUAAAAGUUGAUCCGUGUUCUGGGGCUUUGUGGGCGGAGCCUGCAGCUGGGACUCUAACCGGACCGACGGGGCGGACGACACUCGACCUGGGGAAGAAGAGUCGCGGUGCGCGGGCAGAGUUGUGCUCUACACUCACGUGUGCUUCCUUCUCCUCUCGCAGAUCGACCGCACUGUGAGCCGCACCGCACCGGGCGGAGACGCGCCAUGACGCGGGCGCAGGAGACGCUGCGGGGCGGCUGUCCGCGGGGCUGGAGGAAGUAGUGGAGACCACGGAGGUUGUGGGUCUAGAGGAAAAGUCCGGACGCGGAUCAACAGGAGGACGCUUCGUGCACAGCCGAGGAAGGGAAGGGAAGAAAACAAUGGGGGAGCGCUCGUCUGUUCGCCCGGAGUCCUCCCGGUGAGCGGAGCUUAACCGGAGCUGGAGAUGAUCUGGAUCUGAACGCGCCCCAUCACCGACGGGACUCGAACCGAGAGGUUCCGAUGGGACAGUAACUCGGAUCAAGUGAUUCAAAAGAGAGAGAGAGAGAGAGAGAGAUUGUGGAUUGUGUUCCUCUCCCCGACACCAUGUGCGGCGCGGGGACGUGGAUGUGGCGAGCGGCGCUGUGCUGCGUGCUGCUGGGGAACCUGCUGCCCCCGGCCCGAGGUCUGAACAUGUGUAUGAGUGGCAGCGCGACGUCCUGUGAAGAAUGUCUCCUGAUUCACCCCAGUUGCGCCUGGUGCGCACAAGAGGACUUUGGGAGGGGGCGGACUCUGACGUCGCGCUGCGACUUCAGUCAGAACCUGCAGAAGAGGGGCUGCGAGGCUCCGUUCAUCGAGUACCUGGCCAGCAGCACCUCGGUUCUGGAGAACCGGCCCCUGAGCUCUAAAGGCUCCGGGUCGACCCAGUACGACGUGGUCCAGAUUAUGCCUCAGAAGAUCUCCCUCAGUUUGAGACCAGGAGACCAGACGUGGUUCGGCGUGCAGGUGCGGCAGGUGGAGGACUACCCGGUGGACCUCUACUACCUGAUGGACCUCUCGCUCUCCAUGAAGGACGACCUGGACACCAUCCGCAACCUGGGCACCAAGCUGGCACUGGAGAUGGGGAAGCUCACCAGCAACUUCCGGCUGGGCUUCGGCUCCUUCGUGGACAAGAACAUGUCGCCCUUCUCCUACACGGCGCCCAAGUACCAGGAGAACCCCUGCAGCGGAUACAAACUCUUCCCCAAAUGCGUCCCCACCUUCGGGUUCCGCCACAUCCUGUCGCUGACGGACAAAGUGGACCGCUUCAACGAGGAGGUGCAGAAGCAGAUGGUGUCGCGCAACCGGGACGCGCCGGAGGGCGGAUUCGACGCCAUCCUGCAGGCGGCUGUUUGUAAGGAGAAGAUCGGCUGGAGGAAGGAGGCCUACCACCUGCUGGUGUUCGCCACGGACGACGUGCCUCACCUGGCUCUGGACGGGCGGCUGGGAGGUCUCGUGCAGCCGCAUGACGGACAAUGUCACCUCAACGACCUGAACGAGUACAGCGCCUCCACCAAGAUGGAUUAUCCUUCUCUGGCUCUUCUGGGAGAGAAACUGGCUGAAAACAACAUCUUUCUCAUCUUCGCUGUCACAAAGCGGCUGUACGUUAUUUAUAAGAAUUUCACUGCACUCAUCCCUGGAACGACGGUGGAGAUCCUGGAUCAGGACUCAAAGAACGUCAUCCAGCUGAUCAUCGCAGCGUACAACAACAUCCGCUCCAAAGUGGAGCUGACGGUGUGGGACCACCCGGAGGACAUCAGCCUGUCGUUCACCGCCACCUGCCAGGACGGGAAGCCGCUGCCGGGCCUCAGGAAGUGUGCCGACCUGAAGAUAGGAGACACGGUUUCCUUCAACGUGAGCGUGGAGGCGAGGAGCUGCCCUGCCCGCGGCGCCGACCAGAGCUUCACCAUCAAGCCGGUGGGCUUCAAAGACCGCCUGCAGUUGGCGGUGGACUAUCAGUGCGACUGCGGCUGCAGUCGGACGGCGCAGACCAACAGCAGCAUCUGCAGCUCCAUCGGUACGUAUAACUGCGGGACGUGUCGCUGCGAGCCGGGCUACCUGGGCGCCCGCUGCGAAUGCCAGGAGGGCGAGGCCAGCAGCACGUACCUUAGCGGCUGCCGCGAGGCCGAGGGCAAGCAGGUGUGCAGCGGCCGCGGGGAGUGCAGCUGCAACCAGUGUCUGUGCUACGAGUCGGAGUUCGGCAAGAUCUACGGCGGCUUCUGCGAGUGCGACGACUUCUCCUGCGCCCGACACAAAGGCGUCCUCUGCUCUGGUCACGGCGAGUGUCACUGCGGCGAGUGCAAGUGUCACGCCGGCUACGUCGGCGACAACUGCAACUGCUCGACGGAGACGGCGUCCUGCGUCGCCGACGACGGGCAGAUGUGCAGCGGCCGGGGCCACUGCGCCUGCGGCCGCUGCCAGUGCACCGAGCCGGGCGCCUUCGGGGUCACGUGCGAGAAGUGUCCCACCUGCCCCGACGCCUGCGGCACCAAGAGGGAGUGUAUCGAGUGUCGGCUCUUCAACUCGGGACGACUCGCAGACAACCAGACCUGCCAGCGCCUCUGCAAGGAUGAAAUCAUUACUGUGGAGUCCUUCAACGCCGACGACCCCGGCGCCGUGCUGUGUCUGUAUAAAACCGACGACGACUGCGUCAUGAAGUUCACGUACUCCGAACACGCCAGCGGACAAUCCAUCCUCACCGCGCUCCAAGAGCCAGAGUGCGGCGGCGGACCGGACGCCAUGACGGUGCUGCUGGCCGUGGUCGGCAGCAUCCUGCUGGUGGGAAUGGUGCUGCUCGCCGUGUGGAAGUUGGUCAUCACCGUUCACGACCGGCGGGAGUUUGCGCGCUUCCAGAGCGCACGCUCACGCGCCCGCUACGAGAUGGCCUCCAACCCUCUGUACAAGCAGCCGGUGUCCACGCACUUCGUGGAGACGGAUUUCAACAUGUACGGGAAGUCGUACAACGGAGGGGUCCACUGAUGGAGGGGCGCGGCAGGACCGGUCCGGCCGACCGAUCCCUGGAGGAAACGUGGGCCGGCGCUCGUCACCACCGCUCACGGGACGGAGAUGAACUUGAACGUGUCCGAAGGUUUGGGAAUUCGUGGCCUUUUUUUCCUUUUUUUUUUGUUUAUCUUUGCACCCGCAGAGAAACGGUUUGACUUUGUUUUCUUCCUCCGUGCGCUCGGCUCGCGGCGGCGGAGCCGCGACACAUGAACUCCUUCUUUUUGUUUAGCGAGCCAGAGAUAAAAGAAACUCUCUCUCUCAUGAAGUCCAUAACUCCAACUUCACACCACCGUUCACUGUUUGUACAGAUCAGACCAGACUUCCACUCAUAUUUGUAUAUUUUUAUAAACACAAAAUUCUCCAGAUAAUUUCAAAUUAAAGGAAAACAAAGCACAUAUUUCUGACGGUGGCUCUGACGACGUCGUGGUACUACUAAUAUUUACUAAGCAAUAGAUGUCUCACCAGGAAGUGUUUGCACAGCGAAAAGAUUUACAUUUUCUUUAAUAUUUUCUGUUGGUUGUUGUUGUUGUUGUCUUUGCUCCGGUUGCACUUCGCUUCUCUUCAUCUGACGCCGAGGAGACGACAGAUCGCGUCCUCCAGCUCCUGAACCCUGAAGGAUCCCGUCGGUGUUUCACUCUUAUUUUGUCUUUUAGUCACCGAAUCACAAGAAAAGACCAAAACCAGCGACGUGACUUAAAAUCUCAGACUCAGGUUUAAGUGAAUUUGUUCCGAUAUGACGACGUAAAUCUCCGAAAACAUGAGGAAAGUAUAGAUAUUACAGGAGGAAACGUUGAGUUUGUUUUCAGCAGCGAAUUCAUACACAUAUGGAGCUUUGCGUGAUUAUUACCGCCAACAAAAAAAGCUUCAACAAUUAUGAAUUUCGACCAACAGAUAAUUGAUAAAUAAAGUAAAUUAACUUUUUUUCUUCCUCUUCCAUUAUUUCAAAUUCCGGCAUCUGGAUGUAAAUAGAAGUUUUUUUUUGCUCUGUUUCUUGCGACAAAACAAAAGAUGAGACAGUUUUUCCAUAUUGUUAAUAUUUCACAGGCACAAACCGGUGGAACCCUGAAAGGAUCCGUGAAAGGAACCGGAGCUAAUUUGGUGUAAAAAGAACCGGAGUUGAGGUUUGUCUCUCCGAUGUGUUUUUAAAGGUUCCUCUGUGGCUGAGAAACACAAUAAACCACACACACACACACACACACGUUAACAGAUGAGUUCGUCGCUGGUUUGGAUGUUUUCUUCUCUUUUCUGACUGUGACUGUAAGAAAGAAAAAUAUAUGAAAUAUGACCGACCCCUGAACUUCACAAUCAGAAACACAUGUGAACGACUCGCACGGCCUUAAAGCGUCGUCAUGACAUCGGGUAAAACAUGUUACACCCAUGAUCACAUCACCUCGACUGGAGCGUCGGCGGUUCGGCCCCCGGACUGGACGGGCCGGGGGUUUGAGUCUGGCUGGUGAGUCGCCCUCAGACUGUGGUGACGCUGUGUGAAUGUCGUAAAGGAAUCAAAGGUUGAUUUGGGACUUGGGCUGCUACGUUAUGAAUUCUGUGUGAAGGCGAGUCCACCUUGUGUCACUGAUCCCACAGGAGGAGGUGGAGUGUGAGGUGUCGCGUCAGGAGGGGGAGGGGCCUGGGUGAGGGAGGGGGCGGGGACUCGGAGUUUAUGUAAAUAAUUUGACUCGGUGCCAAAUGAAAUGAAAAUGUUUUGAGGUUUUGACUCAAACUCACCGGUCGCCUGCCUCCACACACACACACACACACACACACGUGUUUCUGUAACACACACACACACACACGGAGCAAGAACAAUAAAUCUGCUUAUGUCUAAA